AUGUUCUCUCCUCUUCUUCUCGUCUUCCUGCUCUCGGCCGUCGUUGUCAACGCUGACGUUAUAGAGGUGAUGCUUGAAAUUUCAGAAAUUUCCCAGUUCCUGUACUUUUUCCACUUGACUUAUAGUUGGAAUGUGAAAAAAAGGUUCAAAAAUCCCGACCUUUCAAAGUCUCAUGAAAGAAUCGCGAUUCAGUGUACAUUUCUCCACUUUUUACUGAUAAAAAGAGCUUAAUUCAUAUAGUUUUACCAUGAUUCGUAAGUCUCGGAAGAAAAAAACUCAAUAAAAAAACAUUUUCAUAACUGCUUUACUUCCCAAGUUAGCUGUUGACGUUGCUUAUUCCGAUAUAAACGUUUCAGAGCCACAGUUUCGGUGGUGGAAACUUCACAAAAGAUAAGAAUGACUUUUGCUUCUUCUACGAUCGUUCAUGGACAGGUGGUGUUCUUUGUGGGCUCGUGGCACCUUGGUUUAGUCUAAGACCCCCCUUGAACAACAAGCCAAUUACAAGCCUUUUUACUGUUGCAGAAACUAACGGUCUAGUGAAAACGCGAUGCUCUGGCUACCAAACAGAUUGUAAACUGAAUCCCGUACAGGUAACUUUUUUCUCUCUGAAAUGGUUAAGAAAAAGAUCGCCAAUAUAGUCAAUGUUUCCCGACUUGAAAGGCGAGGUAGGCGGGGCAAGGGGCGGGACGCGUAGCGUGUGCGUUUGCGGUUCUUGGCGUCAGUUCAAUUCAAUCGCCGCCGACAAUCUAAAAAGCUCGGCAACCGUUCUUUUUCUGUAUUUUCCACUAUUUUUUGAUGCAAACAUGAACAUAAUCGAUAAAUAAUUGAAAAAGGAGUGAAAAGAGCGAUAAAUAAGCUCUUUGAAUGUUCGCUCGCGGUUGAAUUGAACUUGUGCCAAGAACCGCGUACGCACACGCUACGCGUCCCGCCCCUUGCCCCGCCUCCCUCGCCUUUCAAGUCGGGAAACAUUGACUAUAAAAAAAUAUGUUUUCAAGAAUCACCUAAACUUGGUGAAUAUUGAAAAUUUGGGUUUCUCAUCAAAAGAAGGCACACUCGACCAUUCCGAUGUUUCAUGUUCAAAUUUCAAGGGCGAAGUUUUCGAAUUCCCUGAACACUGCAGCACCAUGGAGGAAUUCAAAAAGUUCAGCGAAAUCGACUUCGAACAACGCGUAGCUGCGAACGGAAAACCGCAAACAGGACAAAUCUAG